ACAAGAAACCACGCGUCUCUUAUAAAAAAAACAACAACAAAAAAAAACCCCAAAGAACCAAACUUUUCCAUCUUUCUCUCUGCGUCUCUAACCCCCCUCUCCCCUCCCACCGGGACUAAAACCACGCAGGAAAAGAAGAGGAAGCAGGGAAGGCUGGAGAGGAGCCGAGCCUCAGAGGGGAGCGGCUAGAUAAUUAAGUGAAGCAUGGGUGACUGGAGCUUUCUAGGGCGACUGUUGGAGAAUGCUCAAGAACACUCCACUGUGAUUGGAAAGGUUUGGCUCACUGUCCUUUUCAUUUUCCGUAUCUUGGUUCUUGGCGCAGCCGCUGAAGAAGUUUGGGGUGACGAACAGUCAGACUUUACCUGUAACACCCAACAACCUGGUUGCGAGAACGUCUGCUACGAUGAGGCCUUCCCCAUCUCUCAUAUACGUUUCUGGGUGCUGCAGAUCAUCUUUGUCUCUACGCCCACUCUCAUUUACCUUGGCCAUGUGCUGCACAUUGUACGCAUGGAGGAGAAGAGAAGAGAGAGGGAAGAAGAUCUCAGGAAAGCUGGACGACAUCAGGAUGAUCAUGACCCUUUCUACAAUGAUGGAGUUGGUGAUGGAGGGGGAGGAGGUGGUAGAAAGGAGAAGCCGCCAAUCCGGGAUGAGCAUGGGAAGAUCCGAAUCCGUGGGGCAUUAUUAAGGACCUAUAUCUUCAACAUUAUCUUUAAGACUCUCUUUGAGGUGGGCUUCAUCCUAGGGCAGUACUUCCUCUACGGCUUUCAGCUGAGGCCGCUUUAUAAAUGUGGCCGCUGGCCCUGCCCCAACACCGUGGACUGCUUCAUCUCCAGGCCUACUGAGAAGACGAUCUUCAUCAUAUUCAUGCUAGUGGUGGCAUGCAUCUCAUUGGUCCUCAACCUCCUAGAGAUCUACCACUUGGGCUGGAAAAAAGUGAAGCAUGGAGUCAGGAAGGAGUUUGUCCCUGACAGUCUGUCUCUGAUUGGUGCCAAUGAGCCUGGAGACACGGAGACGAUUCCUGAACAGACUUCUGCCCCGGGGCUCCAGAGUUUGCCUUUGUGUGUUGUGGGGGGUGAAGUUACUGAAGGAGGAACUUACAGUCACACUGGAACCUCCCACACAGUGAUCUCAUUAAACCCCAACAGGGUUACAAUACCUCCAUCUGAGGGGCAUAAUGUAGAAAGUGCCUCUUUUCACCACGAUGACGUCCUAAUGGGGUCGCUGCCUGCUUCUAUCUACAGUGAGAAUGAGGAGAGCAAUGUUCAUCUCGCAGAGAUGCAGCAGAAUUGGAGAAACAUGGCUUUGGAGCUCCGCAAUCUAGAUGAGGAAAAUCCCCCCACUUAUCCUCUUCCAUCUCCCUUCCCUUCUACCUCUUCCUCCUCUCAGGAUGAGACAACAUGUUUGGAAGAGAAGCAACGAUCCACAUUUCCAACACUUCCUCGCAAUACACCUCUUUCUCCGCUGGCGCCUAAGGAGACAACUGAGGACGCAGAAAACAGUGUCACCGCAGUGCCACAUGAUGACUUUACAGUGAUAACGAGGGCGGAGAUGCAUCAGCCUCCCACAGCUGUAGGGACAGACUUAAGGAGGCAAGGAAGCAAGACCAGAGCUCGUCCUGAUGAUCUGGCUGUGUAGCUAAAAAUGUACACACUCACACAUUACCCAAACCAUGCACACGUGCUUUACUUUACACAUACACACAUGAAACCAAA